AUGGACCUGUUCGAAGAUUUUGACAAUGAGCCCUCCAACAAGCCCCCCGAGGGCCCGAAACCCUCGACGAUACCCAAACCAAGCAAGCCCAAGAAGAAGAGCAAGAAGCGAAAGGCUGAUGGCGGCAUGAAGGCCGGUUCCGUCGCGGCUGCAUCUGCUCCCUCGGCGCCCGAGGUUGACAUGGCCGACCUCGCGCCCACGUCACCGGAUGACGACGAUGCCGAGGAGGCAGCUUCCGAGAACCAAGGAGAUAGCAAGCGGCGGCGCAAGGAAGAUCUGGCCGAGCCAGUGCUGACGGACACUUUCGAGACGGCAGAAUCCAGAGAAAUCGCCGCCGCGGCUGGAUUUGCCUCGACUAAGGAUGAGACGUCUCUAGUUCUGUCGCACAAUAUCCAGCACCAAGUCGCCCUCCCCCCCGAUCUCGAUUACGAGUACGUACCGCUUUCUGAACACAAGCCGCCCGAAAAUCCAGCCAGAACCUGGCCAUUCACCCUCGACCCUUUCCAGCGCCUCUCGAUCUCCUCCAUCGAGCGGGAUGAGAGCGUCCUGGUGUCCGCCCACACCAGUGCCGGGAAGACCGUAGUAGCCGAAUAUGCCAUCGCGCACUGUCUCAAGCAGAACCAGCGAGUCAUCUACACUAGCCCGAUCAAGGCAUUAAGCAACCAGAAAUAUCGAGAAUUCAACGAGGCUUUCGGGGAUGUUGGCCUCAUGACCGGAGAUGUCACCAUCAACCCCACCGCUAGUUGUCUUGUGAUGACGACGGAAAUCUUGCGGUCGAUGCUGUACAGAGGGUCUGAGAUCAUGCGGGAGGUGGCCUGGGUCGUCUUUGACGAGAUCCACUACAUGCGUGACAAGUCUCGCGGCGUUGUCUGGGAAGAGACCAUCAUUCUCCUGCCAGACAAGGUCCGAUAUGUCUUCUUGUCUGCUACCAUUCCGAACGCCUUUCAGUUCGCCGAAUGGAUCGCGAAAAUCCACCGACAGGCUUGCCACGUCGUUUACACCGACUUCAGACCGACGCCUUUGCAGAAUUACUUCUUCCCGGCCGGCGGAUCGGGCAUAUUCCUGGUGGUGGACGAGAAGGGGGUUUUCCGAGAGCACAAUUUCAACAAGACCAUGCAACUGGUCGAGGAGCGCAAGGCUGCCGAGGCUGCCGACAUAGACGCCAAGACGAAGGGGAGGGGGAAAAAUAAGAAGACGUUCAAGGGAAACAACAGUGACAGCCAGGGCGACAUCCAGAAGAUCGUCAGGAUGAUUAUGAACAAGAACUUUAACCCCGUCAUCGUCUUCAACUUCAGCAAGAGGGAGUGCGAAGUAAUGGCCUUGACAACAUCUAAAUUUGCCUUCAACGAUGAUGGCGAGAAGGCUAUGGUACGGAAGGUAUUCACGAGCGCCAUCGAGUCCCUUUCCGAAGAGGACCGGGAGCUUCCCCAGAUCCAAAACAUCCUUCCGCUCCUCGAGAAGGGGAUUGGGGUUCACCAUUCUGGCCUCCUACCCAUCCUCAAGGAAACUAUCGAGAUUUUAUUCCAGGAAGGCCUAAUAAAAGUCCUCUUCGCGACCGAGACCUUUUCUAUCGGCCUGAAUAUGCCCGCAAAGACGGUUGUUUUUACCAAAGUCACCAAAUGGGAUGGCACCAGCGUUCGACCGCUUACUCCGUCCGAGUACAUUCAGAUGUCUGGGCGUGCCGGCCGUAGAGGUCUUGACGAGCGCGGUAUCGUCAUCAUGAUGAUUGACGAUCAGAUGGAUCCCGAGACGGCGAAAAAUAUCGUCGUUGGCCAGCAGGAUCGCCUGAAUUCCGCCUUCUACCUAGGCUAUAAUAUGGUUCUGAACCUGCUGCGGAUCGAGACCAUAUCUCCCGAAUUCAUGCUGGAGAGCUGCUUCUUCCAGUUUCAGAACACAGCAAGUGUUGCCGGCCUAGAGCACGAGCUGAUGAAGUUGCAAAAAGCACGGGACGAGAUGGUGAUCCCGGAUGAGGCCACCAUCAAAGAUUACCACGGUCUACGACAGCAGAUUUCGCAAUACACCAAAGACAUGCUUACCGUGAUCCAGCACCCGAAGCACUGCAUCGAUUAUCUACAACCUGGGAGACUAGUGCAGAUUGCCCACCCCAAGACGAAUAAGGACUUUGGUUGGGGCGUCAUCGCCAACUUCACAAAGCGCAAAGACCCCAAGUUCGGCGAGAAGGAGUACGAGCCUCAAGAGUCGUAUUUCAUCGACGUCUUCCUUCGUCUCGACCCGAACUGCGAUCCCUUUGGACCUGCGAACCCCUCGACCGAGAUGCCGGCCGGAGCGCGGGCGAGCGACCCCAACAAAGACAGCAUCUUCGAGGCCGUACCCUGUAUGCUUACCUGCAUCAAAGCUCUCAGUCAGAUUCGAGUAUUUAUGCCUAAGGACGUGAAGUCUCGAGAAGACGUGGAGUCGGUUCGCAAGCAACUUCUCAAGUCACUCAAGGAGGUCGAACGUCGUUUCCCCGAUGGGCUACCUAUCCUAGACCCCAUCGAAAACAUGAACAUUACAGACGACUCUUUCAAGAAACUCCUCCGCAAGAUCGAAGUUCUCGAGUCGCGGCUGCUAGCCAACCCGCUCCACGGCUCGCCUAUGCUGCCGGACCUGUGGGAGCAGUAUUCGAGCAAGAUUGCUCGCAACGAAGAGAUUAAGGCCCUCAAGCGGAAGAUAGCUAAGGCCCAUUCUAUCGCGCAGCUAGACGAGCUCAAGUCGAGGAAACGAGUGCUCCGCCGUCUCGGCUUCAUCGACGAAACCGACGUCGUCCAGAUGAAAGCCCGCGUGGCUUGCGAAAUCUCUUCGACGGAGGGCCACGAGUUGCUACUAUCGGAGUUGCUCUUCAACCGAUUCUUCAACGAACUAUCUCCAGAGCUGUGCGCUGCGGUCCUCAGCGUGUUCAUCUUUGAAGAAAAGGUGGAUGCGCAAGCCCUACCUGACGAGCUGAUGAAGCCGUUUUCGCAAGUCCAGGCCCAGGCUCGGAUCGUUGCAAAGGUAAGCCAGGAGAGCAAAUUAGAGGUGAACGAGGACGAGUACGUCCAGAGCCUGAAGUGGCAAUUGAUGGAGACUGUCUACGCAUGGGCGAAUGGGAAGCCGUUUGCUGAAGUCUGCAAAAUGACCGACGCAUACGAGGGCUCGUUGAUCCGUCUAUUUCGCCGGCUCGAAGAGCUACUUCGCCAAAUGGGACAGGCAGGGAAAGUCAUGGGUAGCGAGGAGCUGACAGACAAGUUCGAGGAGAGUUUAGCCAAGAUCCGUCGGGAUAUCGUGGCUGCCCAGUCCCUCUACUUGUGA